GUGCGAGUGAUGCUGUCACGAAAGUGGAAGUAUUCUUGUUAUUGGAUAGUAAACAGGUAAUCAGUUUAACAUCAUCUCAAACAAUAACUUACCUGAAAACUACAGGAGUGAGAAACAACAUCGAAUGAGCUAAAGUGAGACAGCAUGUCUAAAGCCGGACUAAUGUCUACACCCAUAUGUUUGGUGGAGAAUGCGAAUGGAUCACUCUGUGUCUGUAAGCAUGCCCUUGAGUUCCUGAGCAGGAUCAAUGAGCCGGUGGUGGUGGUGUCUGUGGUGGGACCCUACCGCACAGGGAAGUCUUACCUCAUGAACCGCCUGGCUGGACAACAGUCAGGCUUUGCUCUUGGCAGUGCUGUUGAAUCAAAAACCAAAGGCAUCUGGAUGUGGUGUGUCCCUCACCCUAAAAAAGAAGGACACACUCUAGUGCUGCUGGAUACAGAGGGAGUUGGUGACGUGGACAAAGGAGACUCUAAGAAUGACAGCUGGAUCUUCUGUCUGGCUGUUCUGCUCAGCAGCACAUUGGUGUACAACAGCCGCGGCACUAUUGAUAACACUGCAGUGGAGAAUCUGCACUACGUUACUGAGCUCAGUGAGCAGAUCAACAUCAGGUCACCAUUAUCUAUACCAGAUGGAGCAGCUGAAGGAGACGAUUGUCAUUUUGUGCGUUUUUUCCCAUCAUUCAUCUGGGUGCUGAGAGAUUUCACAUUGAAGUUGGAAGCUGAUGGAAAGAAAGUGACAGAAGAUGAGUACCUUGAGUUUGCCCUCGAUCUGAAGAAAGGUAUUUAAGAAGUAAUUACUAUAAUUAAGGUCUAUUGAUUGUUUUUCCCCUCAGCAUUGUAAAUGCAAAGACUUUUAAAUAAUCUAUGCAUUUCAAAUAAUAAAAAAAGCAGAAAAAACCUGGCUAAAAUUAUAUUAGUCAUCAUGUGUGACAGAUAGGUCUGACUAUUGAUUUAAGUUCAGUUAAAUCAGCUAAUGUGUAAUAUUAUAUGCAUCAAGCA